AUGAAUAAUGGACACCUUUUCAUCCUGCUGGCAAUAUGGACGACGUGGGGGAGCAACCUCCAUUUCGGCUACACUGCUGAGAAUGAGCACGACAGAACGGAGAGCGCGGUAAGCUCCAGUGGGAUUUUAAAAAACGUCGUGAAGCAUGCCCCCAAAGUGAGUUCCAAAGAAAUUGAGGACAGCGAAAUACGGAUAGUGAAAAUGGCACACGAAGAGGAAAACAAAAAAUUGCAAAAAAUGGGAAAGUGUGCAAAAGAUUAUACAUUACCUUGCCCAAAAUUUUGGAAAAAAAAAAUUAUGAACAAGUCAGAAAAUAUUUGCAUAGCUAGCUCAGCGUACAACGGAUUUUGUAACCCCCGUCAAUCUUUCGACAACUUUACAAAAAGUGAAAAGAUGAAAUUUGAAACGAGUUGCAACGUAGAAUGGGGAUGCAAAAAUGCCGUAGCGGAUGCAUGCGAAAGUGGGAAAAGAAAUUACAACGAACCAUGUCCUGAGGGUUUUAUCUCCCAAAAUGACAACACUUGCAUGGCUGACCUGACCGUGUAUGAGGGUCUCUGCAAUGGCGAGAAGGUAGACUUUACCCAUCUCACCAGUGAGGAAAAACAGAAUUGGAGUGUUGCCUGCGAAGCGUAUUGGCCUUGUUACGUCGAUUGUUCACUGGACAGCAGAGCCCUCUCCAUCUGUCCUUCCAGCUGGAAGCAAAUAAAUUCAUACGAUUGUAUCCCACCUGGUAGUUACAACGGGCCAUGCAAAGACACCAAGAAUUUUAAAUUUUUCAAUGAACUGAUGAAAAAAAAAUUUGAGGAAAAAUGCAAAGUUACUUUUGUGUGCACAGAUGAUUUGUGUGAAAAAAAUUAUCGGCAGGAGUGCCCCUUACAUUGGAUGAAGGAAAAUGGCUACUGUUUAGCUCCUCCGUCUUUCAACUUGUGCGACAGGAAAAAAUACUCCUAUGGUAACUUAACGCAGGUGGAGGAGAAGAAGCAUUUCGAGAAGGAGUGCUCUGUUCAGUGGCCUUGUCAAAAGAGCCCCUUUUGUGACAUGGACUGGACUGCUGAGUGUCCCCUCAACUGGGCGAAGCAGGCACCCCGUCAAGGCGCCAACCAGGAGGGGGGUGACAAAUAUAUCUGCACUGUCAAUUCACCCCUGUAUAGAGGGAAGUGUGCGUUUAUUUCCCUCCCGAAUGGCGCUGAUGAGGAGACCAAGCGGGAGUUGGCAUCCACGUGUGACACCCCCUGGCCGUGCUCUGCUAAAGACGCCGCUGCGGAAGGAGGUCCUCUUCCACCGUCGGAUAGCAAAACAGUAGAACGACACAGUCUGGCCGUCACAAAUGGCCCUGUCACUCUGGACGGCAGCGUGCACGCCAGCGCGGGAUCCGCAUAUCACGUGGUCGACAACCAGGGGGAAGUACCCCUUGCAGACAUCAUGCGCUGA